AUGGUAACGGCGCUGGGUAGCGACCAGGACCCGCCCAGAUCCGCAGCUGCAGAUACGAGCGUGAGUUUAACUGUCGACCAAUCAAAUCACUCCGCCGUUAAACCGCGGCUGCUGAUUGGUACAGUUGAGCCCGGCUCACCGGACGUUGUGAAAUGGGUGGAUUUCUCGACAGAUCGUGAAGUAUUGCAGGUUGACGAAGAGGUUUUUGGAACGGAAGUGACUCGCAAAAAUAG